AUGAUCGUCGGUGGAACACCCCAGCAGAAGAAGAGCAAUCUGUUCAGUCCAUGGCGGUCCUCACCGGCAUUGGCAUCCCCGGCAAAGCCAGCCACCACAACCCCGUCUGGCGGGUGCUGCCGAAGCUUUAGUGACUGCAGGACUAUGAAGUCUCCGCACCAACCCCCCAACAAAUUUGAGCUGCAGGUGGCAGAACUAGAGAAAGAAGUUGGGAGGCAAAAAGAAGAGAGGGACAUGUACAAGAUGAAGAUGGAAAGAGCACAAGAUUACUUGAGGUACUGUCUUCAGGUAGCACAAGAGAAUGGAUUCUUGGACACUAUUAUUAAGUGUUCUAAAGAUAAUCAGCAACAAGACCCCACUACUAAAGAUAUUCAGCAAGACCACCUUCAUUCCUCUCAUCAUGUUAUCCAUGCUACUAGUGUCAGUCCCCGGACACCACCUCCGGUGCCCCAACACCCUGAUUUUGCAACCCUCGUCGAUCAAGCCAAGAUCAGUGGAUGGUACAUUGAGCCACAUGAGAUAGAACUCCAUCAAAAGGUAGCCCAAGGAACCACUGCCGACAUCUACAAAGGAACAUGGCGUGGACUAGAUGUUGCAGUGAAGUGCCUAUUCCCCGAUUUCUUCCACUCAAACGAUACUGGAAUCGGCUUCUUUGCUCAAGAAAUCGAAACUUUAUCAAGGCAGCGUCACAAAUUUGUGCUCCAGCUAAUGGGGGCAUGCCUUGACCCUCCAGACUACGGAUGGGUUGUGACCGAGUUUUUUGACAUGACACUCAGGGAGUGGCUGCACGGCCCAGGUAGUAGACGCAGGCAGAGAAUAGUCCCCCUUCCUCCCUUUCAAGAGAGGCUGAGUAGGGCACUAGAAAUUGCUCAAGCUAUUCAAUACCUACAUGAACACAAGCCAAUUAAGGUCAUUCAUCGCGACCUGAAGCCGAGUAACAUUUUUUUGGAUGAUGCCAUGCACGUAAGAGUUGCAGACUUUGGUCAUGCUCGGUUCCUAUGUGAUGGGGAGAUGGCUCUCACCGGUGAAACAGGCAAGGACAGGACUUAUGUGUACAUGGCCCCAGAGGUGAUGCGGUGUGAGCCUUACAGCGAAAAAUGUGAUGUAUACAGUUUUGGAAUCAUAUUGAAUGAACUCAUCACCGGUGAAUAUCCAUACAUCGAGACAGAUUUUGGUCCUGCCAAGAUAGCCAUGGAAGUUGUGGAGGGAAGGCUAAGGCCACGACUUCCCGAGGAUGAGAAUCACCUGCUUGAAGAUCUAAUUGACCUCAUAAAACAUUCAUGGGAUGAAGAUGCUGAUAUGAGACCAUCUUUUGAAAUGAUCACACUUAAACUGAGGAAUAUUCAGCAGGGUUUUACCAAUACCAUAUAUGAUUCUGAUUAUAUUAUUUAG